AUGGAAGGUGUCCAUGAAAACACUGAGAAGCAUCCAAAGAAGCAUAAAAUUCAUGGAUUAAAUGUAACGGCCUUAUACAGAUCAUCAGGUGGUGAAGAUAGAUAUCCUUUGUUCGCCAGAAUCAAUAACCGAACCAGGGGUGUCACCUGGGUAUACAGCCCUGUGGUGUAUUGCAAACCCAGAGUUGAUGAAGAUGUUGUGUGGUUAAGUUAUUGGCCAAUUGGCAACUUAUUAGACGCUGGUGAUGACGUUUAUGUGGAUAUCCUGACGGAGGAAGGAACAAUAAUAAUAAGUGGAUAUGGUGCGAGCCUUGUGUACAAGGAUGGCGGUGAAAUAGAGAGAGAAGAAGAAAAGAGUGAGGAAGAAGUGAUUGGAGGAGAUCUGUCUCGAUUCGAGGUAACCAAAGGAGCCUACUAUCUUUGCCGUCGUAAUUUCUUCAACUCAAUCAUCCCUGCUGUUUGUUUUGGACACGAUAUUCAUAUUACUGAUUCACGAAGAUGGAGAACAACAGAUAGUGCUUUAAAAUAUGACUUUGAGGAAUUCAAUAAGUUCCGAAACCCCAAUCAGAGUAAAUGGAAAGUAACGCUGGGAGUGAACUUUAAUAGUGAAAGUGAAAUAAAAAAGAUAGAGAAGACAGUUUCUAGUGUUCCGGGUGUUGAAUCUGUUUCCAACGACAAAGAAAUAGGAAGAUUGAUCGUCAUCGGGCGUUUUGAUCAUCAAGCUGUUGUAACGUGUGUGAGGGAAUUUGAGAAGAUGGUUCAGGUCCUCGAAAGAAGGAUUAUUCAAAAGUAAGAUGAUGAACCUUUGUUUGAUGAUGAAUCAGAAGUUUAGGGAG